AUGACCGCCACGAACAGGCCGACCAGCUUGGAAGCCGCAGACAAAUUCGUUACAUUCGUCAACGCGUCACCAACUCCGUUCCAUGCAGUCCAAAACGCCUCGUCUAUGCUUGAGAAGGCUGGAUUUACUAAGCUAGUUGAGGAUGAGAAGUGGAACCUGAAGGGUGGCGGAAAAUACUUCUUUACAAGAAACCAAGCCUCUUUACUGGCGUUCACCUUACCACAGAAGUGGGAACCUGGAACAGGAGCUUCCAUAGUGGCUACUCACGUCGAUAGUCCUAACCUUCGCAUAAGACCCGUAUCCAAGAAGUCUAGCGCGGGGUAUCUCCAGGUUGGUGUAGAGACGUAUGGAGGUGGAAUUUGGCACUCAUGGUUGGAUCGUGAUUUGUCCAUUGCUGGUCGAGUCAUCAUCUCCGAUGGCUCAGGCAACUUCAACUCAAAACUGAUAAAAGUCAACCGACCGUUAAUCCGGAUUCCAACAUUGGCCAUUCAUCUUGAACGUGGCGUUAAUGACUGUUUCAAGUUCAACCAAGAGACCGAGAUGGUACCAGUGCUCGGCCUUAUCUCAGCGCAAUUGAACGCACCGAAAGAAGAAAAGAAGACGGAAGAAGUGAAAUUGGCAUCGAGCAUACGAGACGACCAUCAUCCAGCCCUACUUUCCGUACUCGCAGAGGAACUUUCUGUAAAACCAGAGCAGAUCCAUGAUUUUGAACUGCACCUAUAUGACACUCAGCCGUCUACUCUAGGCGGUGUCAACAAUGAAUUCAUCUUCAGCCCAAGAAUGGACAACCUUGUAUCCUCAUUUUGCGCCGUGGAGGCGUUGACACAGAUGGCGUCGUAUGAAUCCUUCCCACACUUGGAAGGGAAUGUUAAUGUUAUCGCUCUCUUCAACCACGAGGAAGUCGGGUCGGUCUCUUCAACCGGCGCGGAAUCUUCAAUUAUUCCAUCCCUUCUCAAUCGAUUGUCACCAAAUGCUGAAGCGCUAAAUCAGUCCAUCGCUCGGUCUUUCCUCAUCUCUGCUGAUAUGGGACACGCCGUUCAUCCGAAUUAUACGAGUAAACAUGAGGAGAACCAUAAGCCAGUGAUGAACGGAGGAAUUGUGUUAAAAAUUAAUGCAAAACAGAGAUAUACAACGGAUUCAAUUGGUGCCUUCCUUGUGAGAAGGCUGGUUGAGCGAAAAGGUGGCAGGGUCCAGGUGUACGAGGUCCGCAACGACAUGUCUUGCGGAUCGACAGUCGGGCCAAUGCUCUCAAAAAUUGGCGUGAGAACAGUCGACGUCGGAAAUGCGAUGCUUUCAAUGCAUUCUAUCCGGGAAACGGCAGGCAGUCACGACGUUCAACACGCAAUUGAUCUCUUCUCAUCCUUAUUUGAAGGAUUUGCAACCCUCGACAAAACCCUUUCGUUAGAAUAGUCGAAGAUAACUUUU